AUGACAAAAUGGCUAAGUUAUAAGUCAGUUACAGUUCAGUGAAGAUAUUUCAAUUAAUAUUUCAGCGAACUGCCUAAAUACCGUGUUUACGCAGUUCGCUGAUCUGGGAUCAGUCAGAAACAGGAGUUAACGCAGGAUCUCAACAUUUUAACUCGUUUGACUUUUUCGCGCAGGUUUUCAGUUCGCACAGUUUGUCCCACGCUGCCUCCCGUAUCAAUACAAAGAGGGAGCCACCGCAGGAGCGACCGAGUAAAACCAGAGAAAAACACCUGAAAUGCGCUUUUACUACUCUAACUAGUCGCGCAAUUACUUUCUAAAACCCUCAUGUAUCUCCUAAAAUAGUCAAAAGUUUGUUUUAUAGUCGAAACCACUCUCGCUAUGUUGUUAAAACACCGCUAACGAACAGUUAGCAGCGGUGCUAAUGAAAGAUAUCGUUAAUAUUAGUAACGUUAGUAAAAAUGGUGCAGAGCAUGUUUCGGACCGGAUUUCUAGUUCGGGCCACACACACCCUGCUAACCUGGGUCAUAACCCUCAUACUGUUCCUGCACGACACCGAUUUGCGGAAGUGUGAGGAGCGAGGAGAGCUGCUGCUGCCGCUUGUGUUCUUCCUCCUGGUCGCGCUCUCUGUGCUGUUAUACUUUGCAGUUUCUUUAAUGGACCCUGGCUUCGUUCUUACUGACACUGUCAAGGGCGUCCAGGGUUCAAAUGAAGAAAUGGAGUCGAUGAUUCCUCAGGCUUCGACCCCUCGACUGCGGCGCUGCGGAUACUGCCUGCUGCAGCAGCCAAUGAGAGCGAAGCAUUGUCAGACGUGUAAACACUGCGUCCGCCGCUUCGACCACCACUGUCCGUGGAUCGAGAACUGUGUGGGAGAGAGGAACCACCGCUGGUUCGUCGUCUACCUGCUGGUGCAGCUGCUGGCUCUGCUGUGGGCCCUGCACAUCGCUCUGUCUGGCGUUUCACCCAGAGUCACGUGGGAGCUGUGGUUCAGAGUGAACGGGUUCCUGCUGGCGGCCCUGGGCGUUGUCGGGGUUUUCUCCGUGGUGGUGGUGCUGCUGCUGGGCUGCCACCUCUACCUGGUCUCCAUCAACUGCACCACCUGGGAGUUCAUGUCGCGGCACAGGAUCUCGUACCUGAAGACCUGCGGAGACGAGGAGAACCCGUUCGACCGCGGAGUCUUCUGCAACCUGUGGGAUUUCUUCUGCAUCUGCAGGACGGUGGUGUGGGAGCAGGUCUACCACAGAAACAGCCCAAAUCCAGUCUAACCUCAGGGAGACUGCUGCCACACGAACUCCAGGCUCCUUUUGACUUUUGUUUUUAACUUUAACGGAUAAAUUGUUUGCAGGGGAACAACUUUGGUACUAAUCUGUAUUCAGGACAACCACAGAUGAAAGUACUGGAGACAUGGUGAUGGUUGGUCACUUUGGUCCAGAAAUAUCUCCACGGGUACCAGAGGGGUCGGCACAGAAUUUUACACUGACGUUCAUGGUCCUCAGAGGGUGAGUCUCGAUGACUUUGGGGACUUUUCCUGAAGAGCCACCAUCUUACAGACAAAAAAAAUGUGGUUUCACAAAUGGCUUUUAUCUCGUGUAUAAUUCUUAAAUAUUUAUUUUAAAUCUCUGGAUUUUUUUUUUUUCCACCACAUUCGUACUGACUACAGACCCUUUUCUGACUCCAGUGCGUCUCCAGUAUCACUGGACUCAGAGCAACUGUGGCAACACGACUGACCACUGAUAUUAUGUGGUGAUCGUUAAGGCCACAAACACAGAAAUCUGCACUUUCAGGUUGUUUUGUUUAAAGAAGAAAACUCUUUAAGUCUCCUAAUUUAACAUUUAUAAGCAGAACAGGAAUAAGUGGGCCCCACACUUUAACACUGAGGGCCUUUACUGUGUGCAGUGCGCUGUGUCACUGUGUACGUGCUGCAGUUCAUGUCUCGUGCCACUGGUCUGAUGUGCUCUAACACUGAAGUGAUUAUUUAACUGUGACAGAGCCAAAUAUUUUACACUGUUUUUUUUACUGUGUUCGUUCUGUUUGUAUUUAUUGACAACAAGAGUACAUUAAAACACUGAUGACAUAUG